CCGGCGGGGGGGCAGCGGGCUCUGCCGACGGGGCCCUGGGGAUGCCCUGCCUCCCCCGCCAUGCCGGAGAGGCGCGGGGGCCUCGCCUUCCCUUUCGCCCACCGCCCCCCGGCACUCCUCCCCCGCCCCAAGGAGGCCAGCCUGCCGGGCGGCGCCGUGCCAGAGCUGCCCGCGCCGCCCCGGGGCCGGGCGGGACCGCAGCGCCGUGCCGGGGCCCCGGGCCGGCCGCCCCAUGCACCCUCCCGGCGCCCUGCUCGCCAUGGCCGACGGCGCCUUCUCGCUGUCCGCUCAGGCGGCGCGGAGCCCCGGGGGGAACCCGUCGAGGCUGCACAGCAUCGAGGCCAUCCUGGGGUUCACCAAGGAGGACGGCCUGCUGGGCCCCUUCCCGCCCGACGGCAGCGCCGGCAGCGCCAAGGAGGCGGACAGGCGGGGUCCCCGGCACUGCCUCCCCAAGAUGCCCGGGGAGCCGCCGCCGGCUGAGCCCCAGGGCCGCGCCGAGCGCUUCCAAGAGCCGUACUGCCCCGGCAGCGCCAGCCCCGAGCUGCCCGCCGGCAGCAGCGGCGAGGGGAAGCCGUCGGACGAGGAGCAGCCCAAGAAGAAGCACCGGCGGAACCGCACCACCUUCACCACGUACCAGCUCCACGAGCUGGAGCGCGCCUUCGAGAAGUCCCACUACCCCGACGUGUACAGCCGGGAGGAGCUCGCCAUGAAGGUCAACCUGCCCGAGGUCCGCGUGCAGGUCUGGUUUCAGAACAGACGGGCCAAGUGGAGGCGGCAGGAGAAGCUGGAAGUCACCUCCAUGAAGCUGCAGGACUCACCCAUCCUCUCCUUCAACCGCUCACCGCAGGCAACACCUAUGGGUCCUCUCAGCAGCAACCUUCCCCUGGAGACGUGGCUCAGCCCCCCUGUGCCCAGCAGCACAGCCCUGCAGACCCUGCCCGGCUUUGUGGCCUCGCCACAGAGCCUGCCCGGCAGCUACACGCCACCGCCCUUCCUGAACUCUCCGGCGGUGACCCACGCAUUGCAGCCCCUGGGAGCCAUGGGGCCACCACCGCCUUACCAGUGCGGGGCCACCUUUGUGGACAAGUUCCCCUUGGAUGAGGCAGACCCACGCAACACCAGCAUUGCCGCCUUGCGGAUGAAGGCCAAGGAGCACAUCCAGUCCAUCGGCAAACCCUGGCAGACAAUCUGAACUCCCUCUUCAGCAUCUGGGUGGGAGAAACCCACAGGGAAGGCUGGUUCUGGCGUGACCAAGAGACACCCUUGCCCUGCUCUGGCUCUCCGGGACAGUCAGGAAAAGGAGGGCUGUCCCUUGCACCAGCCUUGCCCCCACGCCUUGACUUGCUUUGUGUUUUGUGGUCCUUUUAAUUCCCUUUUCCACAUGCUCUGCAGAGUCAGUGGCCUGAUUAUAGCUUAGGAAAACAAUCUCUUUUGCUCUCCCUCCUUGGCUGGACGCUUUAGUUGCAAUAAAAGCUGCAGUAGGGCGAA